AUGACCACUCCCGUCCAUCAUUUCCCGUUGCAAACUGUAGAUGGUGCAGAUGCUGGCACCAAUAAUGGAGAUGAUAUAGGAAACAAAGGUGGCUCCACCAGUUCCAUCAACAUCUCAACGGGUGGUUUGGUCGCCAUCAUGGUGAUUGUCGCCAUAGUCGCCGUCAUUGGAGCCUGCACCGCCACACUCUUCUUCAUCGCCAAAAAGCGUGAGUGGACGGCCAAGGAGGUCCUCAGACACUCGGUACGGAAAGUCGUCACUGCGAUGACACCAAGACGAGCAGAAUUCCCCGCCUCAGUAACAAAAUCCACGGGUUCGUCAAGACGAGACCGAAGACGAGAACAAUAUGACAACGUAUCGUUCACGCCUCAGAUCCGCGUCGGGGAUUUGGAAAAGGGCAUUGCGAGAGACAAGGUCAAAGACAAGUCUAGGAAGUGA